AUGGUGGAACCCAUCGCCGCCGCCGCCCCGCCGCCGGGCGCGCCCUCGUUCUCCUACCUGGCCGUGUUCUCCAACUGCCCGCUCGUCGCCGCCGUGCUCGCCUUCGCCAUCGCGCAGUCCAUCAAGGUCCUCACCACCUGGUACAAGGAGAACCGGUGGGACGCGAAGCAGCUGGUGGGAUCCGGCGGGAUGCCGUCCUCGCACUCGGCCACCGUCACCGCGCUCGCCGUCGCCGUCGGCCUGCAGGAGGGGCUCGCGAGCUCGCUCUUCGCCACCGCCGCCGUCUUCGCCUCCGUGGUGAUGUACGAUGCUUUUGGUGUUAGGCUACAUGCAGGGAAGCAAGCAGAGGCAGAAUGGCACCUAGCUUGUAGUGUUGCUCAAUCAUUAUAUGAAACCUCAUUGAUUGUGUGA